AAAAACACACAGAACCCAAAUGCCGUGUUGGUACCCGACCUCACACAUUUAGGAUAGACGUAUCGGCUGUUGAUCACCAGCGCAAUCCCGCGACUUCUAUUCAAAAUGGCGGACGCUGUGGACAUCGAUUUGUACGCGGACGAUGUGGAUCAGGAAUUCAAUCAGGAGGCAGAGCAGUACAACAGUAGCUCUGGCCAAGUGGACUUGUACGAUGAUGUCAUCACCGCUCCCGCGGACGGAGGCACUGUGCCAGAAAGGAGAUUUUCCUCUGGUGAUGCCCGCCCGAAGGCUUCAACGACGACGGUUGAGCGGUCAUCGACCACAAUGAGCUCGUCCUACAGUGGCAAGCGAGUCUGUAUGUACGUGGGCAACUUGACGUGGUGGACCACUGACCAGGAUUUGUCCGAUGCCAUCCGCGAGCUCGGGGUCGCCGACCUGAUCGAGAUCAAGUUCUUUGAGAAUCGGGCCAACGGUCAGUCGAAGGGCUACUCGGUGGUGCAUGUGGGUUCAGACGCUUCCUACCGGACCAUCAUGAGCGGACUGCCGAAGAAAGAGCUGCACGGUCAGAACCCAGUCGUAACUCCCUGCAACAGACAGAGCCUCUCGCAAUUUGAGAACGCCUCUCGGAAGGCACAAGGUGGUCAGGUGUCCGGCGAUGGACGCUCAGGACCGCCUAGUGACCGACGAGGCCCGUACAACAACCGCGACGGCCCGCAAGGUGGACCGCCACCCCACCAAGGCCCGCCCCACCAGGGCCCCCCGGGCAACCAGCAGGGACCACCACCCCCGUUCAAUGCCCCAGGGCAGGGUCCACCCCCACCCUAUGGACCUGGAGGCGAUCGCUUCCCUGGGCCAGGGGGUCCAAGUGGGCCUGGUGGCCCCCCACCUCACGGGCAGCAAUUCCCACCAGGUCGUGGCGGAGGCCCUCCACCUCCCCGUGGCCCCCUGCCCCCGGGCCCCCCGGGGCCAGGUUUCCAAGGCCCCCCCAGGGGACCCCCGGGCCCACCAGGACCUCCUGGACCAGGGAUGCAGCGGCCUCCCAUGGGGGACAGGGGACCCCCUCCUCAAGGGGGACCAGGCAUGCGAGGUCCACCACCCCCUGGCCCCCAUGGGCCAGGCGGUCCACCUCUGCCUCACCAAGGACCCCCGGGCCCGCCAGGAAUGCGAGGUCCUCCCAUGCAUGACCAGAGAGGACCACCACCUCACCCCCAGGGGCCCCCAUCCCAGGGUCCGCCUCCCCCGCACAUGGGUGGCCCCCGACCCCCACACAGCGGACCGCCGGGGCCACCACCUCAGCAGGGGCCUCCUAACUUUGGUGGGCCCUCCGGCCAGGGUCCCCCUCAAGGACCAAUGCCUCACCAAGGUCCACCUAUUAACCAGGGCCCACAUCCCCACGGACCGCCUCACCAGGGUGGACCGCCACAGUUUGGAGGACCGCCCCCCCAGCAAGGAGGGCCACCCCGUGGUCCUCCGCAGGGCAUGCCCCCUCCCAACAUGCAGCAGGGCCCCCCGCAAGGGCCACCUCCACCCCGCCCAGGUCCACCAAUGCAGGGCGGCCCUCCCAUGCAAGGCGUCCCUCCCAUGCAAGGCGGCCCACCCAUGCAAGGCGCGCCGCCCAUGCAAGGCGGUCCGCCCAUGGGCCCCGGAGGCCACUCCAUGGACAGUGCCCCGCCCAUGCCGGGCGGCCCGCCCGGACCGCCACCCCAGCAGCAGCAGCAAGUUGCCCCAGCCAUGCACCCUGCCAGUGCCCCGCCCUCAGGUGGGUUUGGGGCACCUCAGAUGCAGCAGGCUCCGCCGCCCCAGAGCUCCGGGCCUCCUCCCAUGGGGCAAACGCAACCUCAAGGUCCCUCUCCUCACGUCAACCCUGCAUUCUUUCAAGGACAGCAAGGCCCUCCCCAGCCUGACAGACAGGGCUAUGAUCAGGGUCCAUCCCGUCAGAACUUUGAGAGGGACCAGUACCGAGCGUCGGCUGAACGCAGCCAAGGGUCCGCACCCCCGGCCGAGAAUGGCAGCUACAUGCGCCGUCAGGAGGGCCCCCCGCCUACCCAGGCACCUCAGAUGAGUGAAACAGAGUUUGAGGAGAUUAUGAGUCGGAACCGUACCGUCUCUAGCAGCGCUAUCUCCAGCGCAGUCAUGGACGCCAGCAAAGGUAAUUACCCCAGUGCCAUUGAGACCUUGGUGACAGCCAUCUCACUGAUCAAGCAGUCCAAAGUGUCCAAUGAUGACCGCUGCAAAGUCCUGGUCAGCUCUCUCCAGGACUGCCUGCACGGCAUAGAAUCCAAGUCCUAUGGCUCCUCUUCUAGACGUAAAGAUCGCAGCUCAAGGGAGCGUGAUGACAGCCGGCACCGCAGCCGCGAGUCCAAGAGCAGCCGGCACAAGGAGCGGCGGGAGCGCUCGCGCAGCCGGGACCGGGAGUACCGCGAGCGCUCCCGCGAGCGCAGCAGCAACGACUACUCCUCCUCCAGCCGGGAGAGAAGCGACCGGGACCGGGAGAGGGACCGUGACCGGGACCGCGAGUACCGCCGGCGUUAAGACGCCGUGCCGCCAACAGGGGCGCUGAUAACCAGGCGAUUUCUGACGUGAAGACCAGCCAUUCGUCAACUCUGUAUUUCACAGUUUUUGUGUCAUCGGCAAAUCCACAGCAUUGGGGGAAAACUCUGAUCUUUGAACUUUUUUAUCGAGAACUGUAAUGUUAGUUGCCUCUUGCACCCUUACGGGCUGUUUUUAGAGCAGUUAAUUGUGAAAAAGUUUCAACGUUAUUAAUAGUUCAGCACUUGCACGAUCAAAAUCUGGGUUUUUGCUAACAUAAACAAAGCACUAAAAGGCGGUUUUUUUGGGGGGAGGGUGUAAAAGCAACCUUGUGAUUGUAUGUAUUUUUGUGGCCCGCAUUUAUUGCGGUUCUGUUGACAGUUUGUUCAGAGCACGCAAUGUUCGACUAGUGUAAGAAGGAAAACUUUAUUGCAAUGAAACAAUGCCGUUGAAAUGUAACAAAUAUAAAAGAGAAAUGGAACUUCAACAAACUGGAAAGUUUUGCGAGGAUCGAGGGAGUUAGAGCCACCUGCCUCAGGAGUUGGAGCCACCUGCCUCAGGAGUUAGAGCCACCUGCCUCAGGAGUUGGAGCCCUCGUGCCUCUGUCGGCGACCUGUGGAUAUCACUUGGAGUAGCGUGGCGUCUCAUCAGCCGCACCAGGAAGAACAAGCCAGCACUGCUGCAACGGCAUAGUUCAAAGGUCACUCAGAUACAGCAUUCCACGCCCAAGCAGAGACACCGUUCGAUUCGAGGAGUCGGCCAGAGCGCCCCCAUCCGACUUUCUGUGCGAAAAGAAACCUCCAGUGACGUCACGUGUAAUCUUUCCUCGCUGAUACAACUAUUGUAAUCAAGACACUCCGAGUCCGUAAGACCAUACCUUUUACAUGUUUGAUUGUUGCAUGUUCAUUGUCUUUAAAGUGUACACGAUUUAUUCCAGUUGUUAUAAUGCCUGUCACGCAGGUACAUGUCUAAUUAUGAAAUGUGGCUGUACAGAAAAAUUACUUAACGACUAUGAACCAUUUCGCCAACGAUUCGCUGUAAAUCCUUGCGUCAGUUUUGAGCCUUUAGGGCGGUAUGUUAUGUUGCCUAUUGUCAAAGUCCUCUGCCAAGGUUUACCAGUAUAUGUAACUGGCAAAGUUGUUAAACUAGAGGUCAAAAUGUCUUUAGUGCCGGAACAGCUCUUUGCCAAACCCUUUGGGGGAGUUUAUAGCCACUCUCAUACCAUCAGAAGCCUGUUUAUCAGAUACUAAUUUUUUUGUUUGUUUUAAGAUUUUCUGAUAAAACUUUGUGUACAUUUUAAAACCUGUAAUACGUUUUCCCCCCCUUAACCCAGUUACAAAAAUGUUGCUCUGACUUUUGGGAGAUGGCUGGUUUGCUAUCGGUUUAGUUGAUGUGCCUUCCACUUUUCCUGACAAAAGCUUUAAAUGGGUCAGGCAACGUUUGCACCUGGCUCAACGGUCUAUUUCAUGAACAGCGGUGAAAUCCACAGUGAGAAUGUUCUUUCGCUGUAUGUUGCCUCAACGAGGCGCACUGUGUACCGCCAUGCUGUGUCACGUGGCUGUCACGUGUUGCACAUGGCAGAUGUCGAAAGUAGUGUUACAAAUCAAAACCUCGUGACGCUUUGUAACCCCCCCCUCAAAAAAGUGAUCAUUGAUGCAGAAUGACAGUCGUCCAGUUUUUCUUUUAACCCACUGGUCUUUUAGCACUGAGGAGGGUCGUGUCACUUGCAAUUCAGGACCUCAGAAUGAAAUCGUACGUGUCUCACGCCACGUUCUACGUCAGAGCAAGAUUUUCAACCCAUUUCCUUUUUUAAGCUUAAGUUACUCAUUUCAAGUAUUGCGUAGAAUAAAUUGCUUUAAUGUUGCAAGUUCGAGCUCACAAAGGCCCAAUUUGUUACAGCCUAAUCUCUAAAUUACA